UUGUCUGCGUGUGGCGGGGUGGCUGCUACCGCGGCGUGGAAGCAGAGGCUGCCGAGAGCGCGCUCGAGCGAUGGAUAUAAGCCUAGAUAUGCCUUCUGGAUUCGUUAUUCUUAUGUCUGAUAAUACUACUGAUGAGCCAGGUUCUGGAGAUGAUGAGAACUACCAGUGGGUAUGCUUGGAAGAGAAAAAUGCAGAUUUCAGCCGGAUCUUCUUACCCACCAUCUACUCCAUCAUUUUCUUGACAGGAGUUGUUGGCAAUGGCUUGGUGAUUGUUGUCAUGGGCUGUCAGAAGAAGCUGAAGAGCAUAACUGACAAGUAUAGGGUACAUCUCUCAGUGGCUGAUCUCCUCUUCGUCAUUAGCUUACCCUUCUGGGCUGUGGAUGCUGUGAUAAGCUGGUACUUCGGAGAAAUCUUGUGUAAAAUUAUUCACAUCAUUUACACUGUCAAUUUGUACAGCAGUGUCCUGAUCCUGGCCUUCAUCAGCUUAGAUCGGUACUUGGCGAUUGUACAUGCUACCAACAGUCAGAGACCUCGGAAAUUGUUGGCUGAAAGGAUUGUCUACGUUGGUGUUUGGCUGCCAGCUUUGCUUUUGACUAUACCUGAUAUCAUUUUUGCUAGUACUAGUGAAGUUGGUGGAAAAUAUGUGUGCCAGCGAUUUUACACGAAUGAGAACUGGCAGAUUCCCUUCCGAUUCCAGCAUAUCUUAGUAGGCCUUGUCUUGCCUGGCCUUAUAAUAUUGACUUGUUAUUGCAUUAUAAUUUCCAAGCUGUCAAAGUCAAAGGGUCAUCAGAAACGUAAAGCUUUGAAGACAACUGUUAUCCUGAUUGUGGCAUUCUUCGCCUGCUGGUUACCAUACUACAUUGGUAUCACCAUAGACACUUUUGUCUUCCUUGGAUUCAUCAACAGAGGCUGCAGUUUUGAGGCAGUAGUGCAUAAGUGGAUCGUCAUUACCGAAAGCCUUGCGUUCUUCCAUUGUUGCCUGAAUCCCAUCCUGUAUGCUUUUCUGGGUGCCAAAUUCAAGACAUCAGCCCAAAAUGCAUUGACCUCUGUCAGCCGAGGAUCAAGCCUUAAGAUCCUUUCCAAAGGCAAGCGUGCAGGACAUUCUUCUGUUUCAACAGAAUCAGAGUCUUCCAGCUUCCAUUCCAGCUAACAUCAUCUCCUGUUUUCUUUAGUAUCUGUAAUGAGUGGGACUUAAUAAACACACAAGCUCAUACGUAUGUAUAUUAAUUCACAAGAGGAAGGGGGAAUCCUCCAAGAUAAUGUACAAGUUUAUUCCCAGUUGGAAUAUUUUAUUUGCUAUUAGUUUUCUGUGGAAAUUGAUGGACUUAUUUAUAAAAAGUAUUAAAACCUUUUUACCUGUUGAUGAGAGCGUGUCUGGGCAGGGCCUAAAAAAAUGUGGAUAGGUGACAGAGUAGUACUGCUUGUGUGCCUAGUUGUACAAAUGUUGAAUCUAAACACUUUUAGAUGGUAGCAUUGUUAAUGUGCAGGAGCUGUUUGUAUAUAAAAUAAUAUUUCCAAGAUACUUGUUGAAAGGCUGUAUAAUCAUUGUGGAUAUUUAGGAUUUCUUUGCCCAGGUUGUGAAAAAUGUUUUGUUUUAUACUAGUUCAGUUGCAUUGUAGGCAGUGGAUGCAAUCCCCAUCUUUCUGUAGGAAACAUCGAAGUACAUGAAUUUGAAUGCGGCUGGAUUGCAUCAAGCAGCACUUCACAACCAAAGUACCUUCGGUCAUGUGCCUUUUGAUAACAAAGUAAUUUGCAGAUCACUGCCCUUGUAAAGUUGCCAAUAAAAAAUG